GGAGCGGAGGAGGAAGUCUCCUCGGAUGAGCAGCUCCUCGGGUUACCUAGGAGGGGGACCGUUUUCCUCCGGGCUAGGCCAGGAGGGCGAAGGAGGGGCGGGACGCGACGCCAAGGCACCGAGAACGACUCCGCUCGGUCGACGCGGCCUUUGUCUCUCCUCCGGGCCUGCUGCGGCGGGGCAGAGCCGAGGAGAAAGAGUGUGGCCUGGUUCAGUAAUCCUGGAGUACAGAGAAUGCCCAACAACAUGUCAUCCUGAGGGAAAACCUAUACAUUCUUGCAAGAGCAAAAUUGUCCAGAAGAAGACUAACAUGGAGCUAAUCGAUUUCCAAAUGACAAAAGUGGAUGGCAUGAUAAAUGAGGACACUGCAAGAUCUGAAGCUCUCCUGCACUGCUUGUGAUUUUACAGAUUGUUGCAGGAUUGUCUGUCUGUCUAUCUGUCUUGUGAUGAACCGGAUUCCUGAGACUGACAUCUGUGGAUGGAACCAGUAGAAGAAUUCUGUGCAUCUCUGCUCCCAGAUUCCACAGAAAGAGAAUUCAUAGAACACCAUGAGAUCCCCAGUGAGUAUGAGGAAGAGGUUCCUCAAGAGGAUGAUCCAGAAAACAUGCAGCAAGAUGAGAUUUUACCAGGGCGAGUUGAAGAAGAUGAUUCUCAGAGUCUCGGUGAGGGAGAAACCAUUGAGGGUGAGCAAGACAACCGCUCUGAUCAGCAGCACAAUGAAUCUCCUGAUCAAGAAGGAGGCUUGGGGAUCCUCCAAGACAUCAUCUCUCCAUCUGGGAUUCCUUUGGGAGUAGAACCUUUUAGUUACACUGAAUGUGCAGAGAUCAUCCAAAAGAACUCAAGACUUAAUGUCAAACCUGAGAUCUCUCCAGCAGGAGAAAAGCCUCAUAAAUGUACUGAAUGUAGCAAGAGCUUUAGCUGGCGUUCAGACCUCAUUAAACAUCAAAGAAUUCACACAGGGGAGAAGCCCUACAUAUGUAGUGAAUGUGGGGAAAACUUCACAGUGAGCUCUCACCUUUUUACACACAAGAGAAUCCACACAGGAGAGAAGCCUUUCCUUUGUACAGAGUGUGGGAAAUGCUUCAGUCGGAACUCGCACCUUGUUAACCACCAAAGAACCCACACGGGAGAGAAACCCUUUGAAUGUAGUGAGUGUGGGAAAAGUUUCAGUGAUUUCUCAACGCUUACUCAGCACCAGAGAACGCACACAGGUGAAAAGCCCUAUAUAUGUGUUGAAUGUGGAAAAGGCUUUAUACAGAGUUCACAUCUCAUAAGGCAUCGGAAAACCCACAUGGGAGAGAAACCCUAUAAGUGCGCUGAGUGUGGGAAAGGUUUCCGAUACAAGACUCAUCUUGUACAACACCACAGACUUCACAUAGGUUAAGAAAGCGGGGAGAACAACUUCCUUGCCCAUGAAAGCUUAUGAAUGUUUAAGUUAUAUGGGGCAAUGGAGUAAAGAAGGAACCUUAAGAAAACUAUUAAGUAUCCUUAACUGGAGUUAAUAGGCCAGCAUCGAUGGCAGCUCCAUGCUUGACAUAGAAAACAUGUUUGCCGUGUGGACACUAGUGUUUGCCAAACCAUUGCUUAAACUAUGGAUGACAUACACCCUGUGCGAAUGUCUGGAACCCCUGGCCAAAUUGACUCCCUGACACAUGCGCAUACGUGUGCACACGUGUACAUUGUCCACACUUUAUGUGCAUGCUUCAGGAAACACUUGGUGCAGCACUAGUGCAUAUGCAGUAGUGUGGAGCUUCCCUGAGCAAUAGGGAGGAAGGCUGGCUGUUGCAGGUCAGGUAUUUUGGGAAGUGGGUGAGUGUAGUUUGUGGACUGAUGGGUUGGGGAAGGAGGGUCAGACAAAGAAUGGGACCUUGGGUUCUGUAGGGAUGUGGUUGUCAAGACACACUGAAGUGCAGUAGGGGAAAGACAUUUUGUGUCCCUGUUCAGACACCAGAAAGCAUUCCGUGUUGUGUAGUUGAUCCUAAAUAGUGUUUUUGGAAAUAGCUCCCAUUUUUCACCUGCAGGUGGAACAAUUCCCCUUAAUCUUUCACACAGAAUCUUCCCUGAUUGCAUUGGGUUUUAAAAAUGUAUAUAGAUGUUAUUCUAGGAGCUCAGUUGAACCUGUUGGGGAGAGAGGAAAUGUAGCAAGUUUGGGAUACGUUAACUCUACUGUCUUUUGAAAU